AUGUCAAAACACCAAAAACACGAAUUAGCGCCCUGGGUUGAGAAAUAUCGUCCACAAGUCCUCUCGGACAUUGUCGGCAACGAAAAUAUGGUUAGCCGACUGGAAGUGAUCGCCAAAGAAGGAAAUGUUCCGAAUAUCAUUCUAUCGGGACCGCCGGGAAUCGGAAAAACGACGUCGGUGUGGGCGCUGGCGAGAGAAUUGUUGGGUGAUAAGGUGAAGGAGGCGGUGCUCGAGUUGAACGCUUCUGAUGAGAGAGGAAUCGACGUCGUCAGAAAUCGCAUCAAAACGUUCGCUCAGACGAAAGUUACACUUCCAGAGGGUCGACACAAAAUUAUUAUUCUCGAUGAGGCCGAUUCGAUGACGGACGGUGCUCAGCAGGCUCUCCGGCGUACUAUGGAACUGUAUUCGAAGACGACUCGCUUCGCGUUGGCUUGUAAUCAAUCGGAGAAGAUUAUUGAACCAAUUCAAUCGCGUUGCGCCCUUCUCCGCUACACGAAGCUCUCCCCAGUGGAGCUUCUCUAUCGAGUCAAAGAAGUGGCGAAGGCGGAGAGCGUGAACUACGACGACGGUGGUCUCGAAGCGAUUCUAUUCACAGCACAAGGCGAUAUGAGACAAGCGUUGAAUAACCUUCAGGCGACAGUGAAUGCAUACGAACGAGUGAAUAAGGAGAACGUGUUGAAAGUUUGCGAUGAGCCACAUCCGGAUCUCAUGAUUAAGAUGUUGUUGUACUGUACGGAGAAAAAAUUCUUCGAGGCGGCGAAAAUUAUUCACGAAUUUCAUCGAUUGGGAUUCUCGUCAGAUGAUAUUCUGUCCACUUUGUUUCGCGUUGUCAAGACGGUCGAGUUGUCGAAAAAUGUCUCUGAGCAGUUGAGAAUGCAGUAUAUUAAGGAAAUCGGCGUGUGUCACAUGCGAGUCGUGCAAGGACUCACAUCGAAACUUCAGCUCUCGCGCCUCGUCGCCGAUUUGUGUCGUGUUUCAGUCGAUGCUUGA